AUGUCGUCCUCCUACGGCGAGGGAAUCUACACCAUGGACAAGUCUGGCGCUGCCUGGCUUUUGGCCAGGCAGGUGGCCGAUGACUUGAUUAGGACAAACAGCACGGACUACAACAACUCUACGAGAAGUAGGACGAGCACUCAGAUGUUGAUCCAGGAACUCCGAUUCGCAUCAGCCAAAUCGAUACGAACCUCGACGAUAACCUUGGCCGUCUUUAACACGGUUGCGGCCUUUGCGACGGUUUUGGGUAUUUUAUGGGAGAGCUACUCACGGGAGAAGAGGACCAGGGGUUAUUCAAUAAGGCGCGAUGGACUCAACUUUGUGGCUGGGGCAGAUGUCUAUCCUCUCUUUCUGUCCUUGGGAAUUACCGUUCAAGGCAUCAUAUUCGCAGUGGCCCAAUCCAGUGGUCUCGAGAAUAUCUUCACAGCAGGAUGUACCCAGAUCGCCCAGUCCAUGCUACCCGCUUUGCUUCUUGUGCCCUUGAUCCAGUUGGUCUUUGGGCUGGAGGUCAUGUUGCGCGGCGUCAGAAGCCAACCGUUCCCGAAGCGGGGGCCGUGGGCUGUGAGCAUAUGUUUGACUCUCAUCAGUCUUUUGACGCUGGGUGCCUUCAUCGUGACCAUUGUCGCCGGGACUCCCGACUUUUGUUUUGCGUCUUUGUUUUGGUUUGUGUCUCGCUACUCGCUGGCUAUUUUCAUCAUCCUGCUGGUGAUCACGGUCAUCCUCUUCGGUGCCACCGUAACCACCUUUAUGCGACUGAGCCGAAACUCGGGUAUUGAUGCCACUGAGCGCAUGGGUGCAUCUAGGAUGGUCUUUUACCUGACCCUGGCCAUCAUCUCCAACGCUCUUGUUAUCCCUUUCUUCCAGCAACUGGCCUUUGAGGACCAGCGCUCGACUAGCUUUUCCGGACUACCGCUUACGCUGUCGAUGGUCGCUUCGGUUGUUACAGAGGUUUCAGGUCUUAUGACUGGAGGCCUUUACUUGUUCCUCAGGUCUAACCCCUUGUCCGCGAUUGGCUCCAAAUUGAGCGAAAAGGAGGAUACUGGACGCGAGAGGUUCAAGAACUCGAUCCAUGUUCAGGGAUCGGAUGAUGACCAGGACGACUCUGGCAUCACUUCGCCCAAUGGACUACGUCGUAUGGAUAGUGAGGCGAGCAUGAUAAGCUACUAUAAAAAGGACGAGGAGGCUGGAAACAUGCGCUCUAACCAGACAUACGCGGACCCGAUACCCUCGAACGAUGACGACUUCCCGAAACCACCCGAACCAUCGUACGCUACCCGAACAUCACGACGUUUCAAGGCGUCUUCUAUUUUAUCAGCGAUGCGACCGCUAUCCUCGAGAUCCAGUAACGCGCCUCUGCUUCCCGCGACUACUUACUCGCCUAAUGCGCCCGUUACCAACAACAACAACAACAACUCUACUGCGGUCAAGCCCCACCGCUUCGAUUUCUCGACACUGAAACCGCCACCAUCGAUGAAGAACUUCUCUAGUCGCCACAGGCGAGACUCCUCCAUUGCUUCUCACCUCACCGUGCAACUUGGACUGCGACUUUCAAACGUGGAGGACAUUAGAGGGCAAGGGCCGGGAAGGGAUUCCUGCACCGCGAUAAUCCCCAUGGUCGACCAGACCGGGGACUCGGGCAGAUCGAUCCAGCAACAGGGUUUAGCUCCGCAGCAGCAAAGGCAUAUGCCGAAACCGAGCCCCUUGGCUCAAGCUAUUACCAUUACGGCCGACGAUGAGGAUGUCUACGAAGUCUCCCUCGACAACAGCAAGCCCGCCGAGCCGACGGAUAUUUUGCUACCAGCCAAGGCUAUGGUGCCUGCCGUAAGCACUGUUGAUUCAAUGCGCGAGAUCGAGACCAAGCAGCUCGAGACCCUGAGCCCAACGGUUUACAGUCCCGCCGGACCUUCGCCCAAGUUGGUCAGCCCGCGUGGUGUUGGCUUCACCUCCCCGCCGCUCUCGAGAUUUAACAGCCAGUCGACGCAGCGAAGCGCGAGCCAGAGGAGCACCGCCAGCUCAAGGAGCACUGCCAGCAAGAGGAGUGAUAGCAGAAGAGGCCCGCCGCCACGCAAGCCCUCAACCAGGCAGAGUCCACCCCCGAGGUCCGACAAGGGCAGCGAGUGGAUCUAA